ACAAUCUGACACAAACUCAUCUUAAAUCAGUCAAAUCAUAACAGUGUAACGGUGAAUACUUAAACUUGCACAUUUAAUUUGUGUUUUUAGUUUGUCUUCAAUAACAAAUAUCGAAUCCAGGCUUAGGCCUAAAAGCCAGUAAUAACCUCACUUAGAUUUUGAUGGAGCAGUUAGAUGUGCCUGAGAAAAAAGAAAUCCGAAGCCACCAACGGGUUCCAUCAGGGUCGCAGGAGUUCAUAGAGGUGACCAAGAGAGAUGCGGAGAACCGUCUUCAGCUGGAACUGGAGCGGAUGCUGGAGAAGACUCCAGAGAUUGGGAGGACCAAGUUCCAGAAGGAGUUUGAUGGAUUUCGGAGGCUGUUUGAUAGGUUCCUGAGAGAAACUGGACCGAGCAUAGACUGGGGCAAGAUUGAAAAACUGCCAGAAGGAGCGGUGAGAGACUAUGGCACUCUGGAGACCCCGUCAGCAGACAAGAUACAUGAGAUGUUGAGCAAACUGAUCGUAGUGAAGCUCAACGGAGGUCUGGGUACGUCCAUGGGCUGUCACGGGCCCAAGUCUGUCAUACCUGUCAGGAGUGACUUCACCUUUUUGGACCUGACUGUGCAGCAGAUAGAGCAUCUCAACAAAAAGUACAAGGUGAAUGUGCCGUUGGUGCUGAUGAACUCUUUCAACACUGACGAGGACACGCAGAAGAUCAUCCGCAAGUACCAGGGUCUGCAAGUGGAGAUCUACACGUUCCAACAGAGCUGCUACCCUCGUAUUAACAAGGACACACUGCUGCCUGUCGCCAAGAACAUCAGCAUCCACGAAGACUUGGACUCGUGGUACCCUCCUGGCCAUGGAGACUUCUACGAGAGUUUCAGCAAUUCUGGUCUUCUCACUAAGUUCUUGGAGCAGGGGCGAGAGUACUGUUUUAUCUCCAACAUAGACAACCUGGGCGCCACCGUGGAUGUGAGCAUCUUCAACCACAUGUUGAACUCUCCCCCGGACUUCCGGCCAGAGUUUGUCAUGGAGAUCACUGACAAGACUAAGGCUGAUGUCAAGGGUGGUACUCUGAUUCAAUAUGAGAGUAAACUGAGACUGCUCGAGAUCGCUCAGGUACCAAAGGAUCACAUAGAUGAGUUCAAAUCCAUCAAGAAAUUCAAGUUUUUCAACACAAACAACCUUUGGAUUAAAUUAGAUGCGAUUGACCGAGUGUUGAGAGAAAACUCAUUGAGUAUGGAGAUCAUUGUGAACCCAAAGACUCUGGACAACAAUGUUCCUGUCAUCCAACUGGAGACGGCCGUCGGAGCGGCAAUGAAGAGCUUCGAGAGAGGCCUUGGUAUAAAUGUUCCUCGUAGUCGGUUCCUCCCUGUCAAGAAGACGUCAGAUCUGAUGCUGGUGAUGAGCAACUUGUACAGUCUGGACCACGGGUCCCUAGUGAUGAGUCCGCAGCGAAUGUUCCCCACUACACCCCUCGUCAAACUGGGCGACAACCACUUCUCCAAGGUUAAAGAGUUUUUGAGUCGCUUCGCCACAAUCCCAGACAUGCUUGAGUUGGACCAUCUUACUGUGUCGGGGGAUGUCACUUUUGGGAAAAGUGUCUCACUGAAGGGAACUGUCAUCAUAAUUGCGAAUCACGGAGAUAGGAUUGACAUUCCAGCCGGGGCGAAUCUGGAGAACAAAAUCGUCUCGGGUAACCUGAGAAUACUGGAUCACUAGAUGCAGGUUCAGCAGCACUGAGAGCACAUCUAGAUCGCACAAAGACUAGUCUAAAGUGCCAUUUGUACAUAAAUUAUAUUGUAUAUUGUGAUCAUUAUGUUAGGAAUCAACCAUACCGUAUAUAUAUAUAUAUAUAUAUGUUUUAUUGAAUUUGUUACAGUUUAUUCUUCACACUAGAUAUCUAAAGUUAAGUUGUCGAACAACUUCAGUUAUUUAUAUUUUGUUAUUUAGCCUAGCUAAAAUAAAUCAAAUAUCUACUUUCAA